CAGUGACCUGGACAUACAAAAAAAGUAAUAUUUGAUUUUCAAUAUUCAAAUGUUUAAUAAACAAGACGCAGUCAGUGAGUAGACAAACCUAGAUCAAGUUGGAUUUUCAAGUUGUAUAUUAAAAAUAGAAAAUAGUUGAAAUAAAAUGAAGAAAUUCUAUUUAUUACUAAUAAUAGGGGCCAUAUUUAUGGGAAAUUUAAAGUUUUCUGAAGCCAAAGAUGUGGCUUUAACCUCCAAAGAUUUCCAAAAAGAAUUUCUGCAAAAACUCAGUGAAACCAUGAAAUCUUCCGCCAUCGAUUAUUUAAACAACUUUCUCAAAAAUAUCAAAAAACCCGCCAUUGUGCAGGAAAACUUUGAUCAGGAGCUUAAAAUGGCUUUGGACUCUGGCAAAGUGGAAACGAAAAUUGUUUUUAUCAAACAGUAUUUGGAUAUGGCUGAACACAAGGACACCAGUCGAGAUAAUAUAUAUGGCCGGAGAAAUGUUAAUUUCCUAAAGAAACUUAAGGAUAAAUUCUAUAAAUUGCAAGAGGAAAGUUUUGAGGAAAUGCAUCAGCUGCGCUACUUUUAUCUGUGCAAACAGUUUAAGAUACAAAAGGAAACCACAACGCCCGCCUACCACAAUUACUAUUCCCGGACCACACAACUAGUGCCCAUAAAUGACCAUAAUGUGGGCAGCAUGCUGCACAAAUUGGGUGUUAAAGACAAUCACACCAUAGCCAUAAAUAUUGCACAGUUUGGCAAUCAAUUGUACCAAAAGGUAAAUGCAGCUGGCUCUGAUGUUAUCAAUGACUAUUUGAUUAUAUUACGCAAACUUUUGCAAGAGGUUUUAGAGCCUCAAUCAGAGGAAGAAGCUAUACCACAUUCUGAGGCUUUACGCAAAAUCCUAAUAGAAAUUGAUGCUCUUCUAAACACCCCCGAUUUCUAUACCAAACGCCAGCGUCUCUAUGACUAUCUACAAAAUCAUUUAGCUUUAGACUAUGAACAAUUCCAAAGUUCUGAGAGUUCCCAGCAUGAUCUAAUGGAAGUGUUUAGCAAACUAAAGGAAAAAGGCCUUGACUUAGUGGUGGCCUAUUUAUUUAGUAAUUUCGAAUUUGUUGAUUAUGUGCAAGACCAGUGGCAGGUGUUGCUGCCACAAGCACCCAUCUCUCUGUACGAUGAACAGUCGCGCCCCCUCAAACAGAUCCAGCAGCUGUACAAAGAAUUUCAACAGGAUUUUGAAAAUUCAUCAAAAUAUGAUGCCUACUUGGAGGCUGUGAAAUUGUUGCAUGAAAAGACUCAGCAGGAUAAUGCUGACAACUCGCAUAUUUAUGAGAUGCUUUAUAGUGCUUCACAGAAUGUGGGCAGCAGUCGGGCAACAUUAAUGAAUUCAAAAUGUAAUGAAAUUUAAAUUAGUGGUUGCGGCUUUCUGUGAUGUUGGCUGUGUACGAGUGAGAGUGAGUGCAUUUGCAAACGAGUGUCUGUCUGUUUGAGUAGGUUUUUGUUAUAAAUUGUAUGUGUAGAAGUGUUUGUGGUAUAUUUGAUGUUGUAAAACUACAUUAAACAUGCUGUUUGAUGUUGUUAAAUGUGUGUGUAUCUAUGUAUGUCCUUUUGUCUUGUUGGCAAGUGAUUUAGUAAUAACAUUUAAAUUUAGAUAAUAAAUCAAGUUUGUGUAAUUUAAAUAAAGUUUAUUAUGAAAAACUUAUAAUUAAA